AUGGGUAUGUGCAAUGCACAUGCUCUAAUUGGUUCGAUGGAGCAAUCUAAUAUGGGGAUAAAGCUUACGGAUAGUUCUUUAACCGAGCCUCUUGGAGAAGUGAAGGAUAUUCCACUCGACUUUGGAGGAUACAUUGUUUCAGCCGACUUCUAUGUAGUAGUUAUACAAGAUCCGGAAGACCUAAGUCUUUUGCUUGGAAGAACUUUCUUGGCAACAGUUGGGGUAAUCAUGGAUUGUCGUAGUAGAAGAGUCUUACUAGCCUAUGUGGAAAAGGAUACCUUCUAG